ACCGCCUGCCUUUUCUCAUUUCUCAUUCCUUCGUUUGCUAGCUUCCCUUCUCCCUCCUGUCAGCUUGUAGCACAAAGCCAACAAAAGAAGUGACGACGCAGAAGAGAAGCAACACAGAGAGGUCAACCUAUAUAUAUAUAGGCCUUAAGGAGACACAGCACGUAGGGUCACUUUUUUUUUGUUGACACAGAGGUGCACGCGCGCUUACAAUAGGGACCUAUCUGAGCUUGCUCCUUACGUGCUUCUGCCGGCCAGCAUGGACGCCGCCGCGAGGGACGCGCAUAAUGGUCUGGAAUGGCGGGUGACGGUGCCAGAAGGCGCGACGGUGACGGUGGAGUACGAGGCCGGCCCGGCGGCCAGGGCGUGGGCAUGGCUGGCCUCCUGCGUGGCCAUGUUCGGAACCAAGGUGUCCGGCUUCGGCAAGAAGGCCUGGAAAAUUGGCGCGGAUGAUCCUCGGAAGGCGGUGCAUGGCCUCAAAGUAGGCCUGGCUCUCACCCUCGUCUCCGUCUUUUACUACACCAGGCCGCUGUACGAUGGCGUCGGCGGGGCUGCCAUGUGGGCCAUCAUGACAGUCGUCGUGAUCUUCGAGUACACUGUUGGUGGCAGCGUGUACAAGGGGUUCAACAGAGCCAUCGCGACGGCGAGCGCAGGCGUGAUCGCGCUCGGCGUGAACUGGGUGGCGAGCAAGUCUGGCGACAAGCUCGAGCCAGUCAUCACCUGUGGUUCCCUCUUUAUCCUUGCUGCGGCAGCUACCUUCUCACGGUUCAUACCGACGGUGAAGGCACGGUUCGACUAUGGCGUGACCAUCUUCAUCCUUACGUACAGUCUUGUGGCCGUGUCCGGGUACCGCGUGGACGAGCUGGCGGCGCUGGCGCAGCAGCGGCUAGUCACCAUCGCCAUCGGCAUUUUCAUCUGCCUCGCCGUCUGCGUGCUCAUCUGGCCCGUGUGGGCCGGCCAGGAGCUGCACCUCCUCGCCGUGCGCAACAUGGAGAAGCUUGCGGACGCCGUGGAGGGCUGCGUCGAGGACUACUUCUCCGACGCCGAUGCCGACGCCGCGAAGCGCGCGCGGGUGUCCAGCAGCAAGUCGGAGGGGUACAAGUGCGUGCUCAACUCCAAGGCGUCCGAGGACUCACAGGCCAACCUGGCGCGUUGGGAACCCGCGCACGGCAAGUUCGGCUUUCGCCACCCCUACGGCCAGUACGCCAAGCUCGGCGCCGCCAUGCGUCACUGCGCCUAUUGCGUGGAGACGCUCAACAGCUGCGUGGGUGCGGACGUCCAGGCCCCCGAGCACGUGAAGCGGCUCCUUGGGGACGUGUGCACGAGGCUCGGCGUGCAGUGCGGGCGGGUGCUCAGGGAGGCAUCCAGCUCCUUUGCCGAGAUGACGGUCUCACGGACGCUGGACUUCGUCGUGGCCGACAUGAACACGGCCGUGCACGAGCUGCAGGGUGACCUGCGUGAGCUCCCGGUCAGCCUGGCCAAGGAAUCAGCAGCCGGGUCGGCGUCGCUGAUCGAUGCCAUGCCGCUCUUCACCGUGGCGUCACUGCUGGUAGAGAUAUCCGCGAGGGUCGAGACCGUCGUGGACGCCGUCGACACCAUGGCCAGCCUCGCAAGCUUUAAGGACGAUGAUGCCGACGACAAAAAGGAAGAAACCGAGAUGAAAAUACACCCGUUGAACGAGUCGGAUUCCGACGAGCCACCUGAAAGAAAGACAACCAAGCCCCUUGCUGGACAGGCUUAAUCAUCUGGCAAAGCGCUCCAAACCAGCUGGACUUACAUUCUUGUUCAUAACGUUGUUUAUUAUUUGCCACGGACAGAAGACCUCAAAUCCGCGGCAUUCGGGGCGAAUAAAUUAACCGGUUUAUGAUCAUCGCAAAGUCGACAUAUAUACUGUAUACCUCUGUACAUAUGUUGAUACAAACACUAGUAUUUGACACGAUCAAACGAGCAAACAAAGUUGACGCUA